CCGGGCGGCUGGCGGCUAGGUUAGGCUGGUUCCGGGUUGAGAGGCUGUGCUGGACCGAAGCGGUGGCCGCUGAGCCGACGCGGGUAAGGUGCCGUGCCCGGCCGGGAUCUGCAGCCGGGACCGGGCAGCUGAGCGGGCCGGCAUCCCUCCUCUGCUCCGCUGGGCACAGCCGCGGGGCGGCUCGGUCUGGCUUCUCCUUCCCGCAGAAUUCCCCAUCCCCAGCUUGUCCCCCUCCCCCAGCUGCCGGGGUCCGGGGAUUUCAGUCCCUCUGUGGACUCCGCCGCCCUCCCGGAUCUCCUAGCAGCACCCAUCCCUUUGGACUGUCGGGGCCUCCAGCAUCUCCGCGCCGGGAGCCCCUUCCCUCGGAUACCCUCGGCCUCUCCCCUCCAGCGCCCAUCGCUCGGAGCGGUCCACUACCUCGACACGGUCCUCCCGGGCUCGCAUCCCGGGUGGCCCCCACGCCGCUCCGAGUCCCCGCGCCCCCCGCGUCAGGGACAGUGCUCCCCGGCGGCGGCUGUUUGUGUCCCCGAGGGCCUGGUCCCUGGGUGCCGCCCCCAAUCGCGCCGCGCUCUCUUGACCGGCCUCCCGGGCUCCCCUCCGCGCCGCCCGCGGCGCCAUGGCAUGCAGCCUCAAGGACGAGCUGCUCUGCUCCAUCUGCCUGAGCAUCUACCAGGACCCGGUGAGCCUGGGCUGUGAGCACUACUUCUGCCGCCGCUGCAUCACCGAGCACUGGGUGCGGCAGGAGGCGCAGGGCUCCCGCGACUGCCCCGAGUGCCGCCGCACGUUCGCCGAGCCCGCGCUGGCGCCAAGCCUCAAGCUGGCCAACAUAGUGGAACGCUACAGCGCCUUCCCGCUGGACGCCAUCCUCAACGCGCGCCGCGCCGCACGCCCCUGCCAGGCGCACGACAAGGUCAAGCUCUUCUGCCUCACCGACCGAGCGCUGCUCUGCUUUUUCUGCGACGAGCCGGCGCUGCACGAGCAGCACCAGGUCACCGGCAUCGACGAUGCCUUCGAGGAGCUGCAGGCCCUGUGUGUGUUUCAGAGGGAGCUGAAGGAGCAGCUUCAAGCCCUGCAGGACAGCGAGCGGGAGCACACAGAGGCACUGCAGCUGCUCAGGAGACAGCUGGCGGAGACCAAGUCUUCCACCAAGAGCCUGCGGACCACCAUUGGGGAGGCCUUUGAGCGGCUGCACCGGCUACUACGUGAGCGGCAGAAGGCCAUGCUGGAGGAACUGGAGGCAGACACAGCCCGCUCGCUGACUGACAUCGAGCAAAAAGUGCAGCGCUACAGCCAGCAGCUGCGCAAAGUGCAAGAGGGCGCCCAGAUCCUGCAGGAGCGGCUGGCUGAGACCGACCGCCACACCUUUCUUGCCGGAGUGGCCUCCCUGUCCGAGAGACUCAAAGGGAAAAUCCAUGAGACCAAUCUGACAUAUGAAGACUUUCCGACCUCCAAGUACACUGGCCCCCUGCAAUACACCAUCUGGAAAUCCCUGUUCCAGGACAUCCACCCAGUGCCAGCUGCUCUGACCCUGGACCCAGGCACAGCCCACCAGCGCCUGAUCCUGUCCGAUGACUGCACCAUUGUGGCUUAUGGGAACCUGCACCCACAGCCACUGCAGGACUCACCAAAGCGCUUCGAUGUGGAGGUGUCAGUGCUGGGCUCUGAGGCCUUCGGUAGUGGAGUUCACUACUGGGAGGUGGUGGUGGCAGAGAAAACCCAGUGGGUGAUCGGGUUGGCCCACGAGGCCGCCAGCCGCAAGGGCAGCAUCCAGAUCCAGCCUAGCCGUGGCUUCUACUGCAUCGUCAUGCAUGAUGGCAACCAGUACAGCGCAUGCACAGAGCCCUGGACGAGGCUCAACGUCCGUGACAAGCUUGACAAGGUGGGUGUCUUCCUGGAUUAUGACCAGGGCCUGCUCAUCUUCUACAACGCUGAUGACAUGUCCUGGCUCUAUACCUUCCGUGAGAAGUUCCCUGGUAAGCUCUGCUCCUACUUCAGCCCUGGCCAGAGCCAUGCCAAUGGCAAGAACGUCCAGCCACUGCGGAUCAACACUGUCCGAAUCUAGUCCAAGCCGAGGGGAACCGAAGCCUCCUGGGGCUUUGACCAUACAGCAAGAGCUCUGCCCAGCAGACAGGAGCCCUGGACUCGGGCCCACCAUGACCAUCCUAAGACCUCAGGCCAGUUGUUUAUCCCCCAGCCUCCUCUGCCCUGUCUGUGAGCUGGAAGUUGUGCCCUGUGGUUCUUAAACUAAAUGUUCUGUAGCUUUGACGUUGAUGGGAUGUGACGUGGCUUCUCCUCAGGGAAGCCCCUGCCCAGCGCUCAUCGCCAUUCUCUAGGAGGGCAGGGGAUUACCUCCCUCUGCCUCCCUCCUUAAGCUCAGCUCUCCUAACCUCAUGACGUAUCAGAUGUGGUCAUUGGCUAGUAGUCCAAAAGAUGUACAGAAUCUCUUAUACUCCUGGCCUAAGACUCGACUCACCCUUGACCAAGAGAGUGAUGGGCCAUUUUACCCUUGACCCAAGUCCAUGAGGGAACCAGCCAGGAGCCAGUCCUAGGGUUGUCUACGAUCCACCCUCUUCUGCCACGCCCCUACCAAGGACUGUGGGUUUCCUCUUCACACCUGUGAAAGAUACCCAGUAGUUGAGUCCACAUGUUACAGUCACCGUACAUACACUACCUUCCAGCCCCAUAGCCUUGGGGCAGAUAAGGCAUAAGGAUCCCAGAAGCUGAUGUAGAGCACUUGCAGGACAAGCAGCAAUGGAUAAUCCGGGUCCCUGGCAGCUCCAGGAACAGAGAUUCAGCCAGCUCUUACCAACCAAGCCAGGCUUCUGUGACUUGCUAGGGCUUCAGAGAGGGUGCUGGUACUGGUAGCAACUGUUUACAUCAGGGCCUGCGCUCCAGGAAGGACUAUUGGUGGGGGGCCACCUUUGGUCUCGGCAUCUGGCUCCCUUAGGAUCCUGCUGCAGAAGAGCUGGCUUCAUUAAACAAGGAUUUAUGAUCAGCUCCCUGGUGACUUUCAAGAUCUUUGGAACAGCUGGAGGAGAGCCUUUGCUAAGUUUCCAGGAAAACAAUUCCCAGCUGACAGAUUCAUCAUGUCUUGACCCGAAUCUGUUUCCAUCUGCAAGGGGAGCCACGGCAAGAGCUGCCGACUGUGGAACUGUCCCCUCUGCCACCAUCUGUGCCAGCAAGUGGCUGUCCUGAUCCUGCCACUCUCUCUCUUAACUCAGGUCCCAAACCCACAUCUUUAAGGGGGAUUCUGUUUGUAGAAACUUGAGUCAAAUCCCAAACUUUGACUGCAAGAGAAUCUGGGAAAUGGAGUUUUCCUCUUUCCAGCUUCAGCCAUACAGAAAGUUAGCAUAGAGGUGGAACAAGCCCAUCUAUCAGGUUUUUUUUUGCCACGGCAUCCAACUGUGAAGAACUCAGGAGGACAAUCCAGGAAUCCACCUGGAAGCCUUGGCUUUGUAGCAACACAGCUGGAGAUGUCCUGCUCCAUAGCUGUGUCCCUGCCUGCUGCUGCCCAGAGGCAACAUCCUAAGGAGUUGGCCUAAAAGGUGGCUCCCCGCCUUGGCCUCCCUUUGUAGUCCUGGUACCUCCAUUCUGUUCUUGGGGUUCUGUGAGCACGCCCAGCUCUAAGGAGCCAGAAUGGCAGUACUUGGGUGUAGUUGCGGGGGGGCUCCCACUUACAACUGCCACACACUGGGGUCUCCUUGAGCCCCACCCACCCCCCUCAAUUCCAGACUCUGGGCCAAUCCCAACAGUAUUUUUAUUUAAAACAUUACCCAUUUUGUGUGUUAUGAUCAAUUUGUAUUAAAUUAAAGUUACAGGAUGCCA